AUGCAAUCAAUCUUCUCGUAAGUUUCAAUUCCUUUUUUUUAAAUUUUAUGAAAAUAAAAUUCAAAUAUUCAGAGCUCUUCUUAUUGUUGGCCUUGCCUCAUCGCAAAUUGUCUACGAAUCUCAAUAUCUUGGAAGAUAUUAUCGACCAUAUUUGGCACCAGGAGUUGUUGAACAACUUGCCUAUCCAAGUUAUGCAGCAGCUCCAGCAUAUGCUCCAAUUGCUGCACCAACCCCAGUUUUGACAUCUGGGGCACUUCCAGCUUUUGCUCCAGCUCCAACUCAAGUUUUGGCUGCUCCAGCACUUCCAGCUUAUGCUCCAGCUCCAACUCAAGUUUUGGCUGCUCCAGCUCUUCCAUCUUAUGCACCAGCUCCAGCAUAUGCCCCUUCACCAGUUUUGGCCGCCCCAGCUGUCCCAGCUUCAACCCCAGUUAUUGCUGCUCCAGCCUAUGCUCCAACUCCAAUUGUUGCCGCAGCCACUCCAGAACUUGUUCCAGCCUAUUCUCCAUUUGUCCGAUCAGCAUAUUUCAUCGGAUCAAACAAAGCCAAGAAAACCUCAAACUAG